GCCCGCGUCACCCCGAUAGCGCUGCCCCCGGGGCCAGAUCUGCACGCGCUGGGUCUGGCUGGAAGGCCAAACAAUGGUGCAUCUUGAUUCUGAGGUGAAAGAAGAAUGUCUCAGGGAAGACCUGAAGUUUUACUUCAUGAACCCCUGUGAGAAAUACCGAGCCAGACGCCAGAUCCCAUGGAAACUGGGUUUGCAGAUUUUGAAGAUUGUCAUGGUUACCAUGCAGCUUGUUUGGUUUGGAUUAGGUAACCAGUUGGUGGUUGCUUUCAAAGAAGACAACCGUGUUGCUUUUAAGCAUUUGUUUUUGAAAGGAUAUUCUGGUGUAGAUGAGGAUGACUACAGCUGCAGUGUAUACACUCAAAAGGACACCUAUGACAGCAUCUUUUUUGCUAUUAAUCAAUACCGUCUUCUAAAGAACAGUUCCCUGGCAACCCUUGACUAUGGACCAAAUGAAGACAACAGAAUUGGCUUAAAAGUCUGUAAGCAGCAUUACAAGAGGGGGACCAUGUUCUCUUCUAACGAGACCCUGAAUAUUGACAGUGACAUUGAGACAGACUGUGUCGUCUUAGACCUGCAGGUGCUGUCCGGGAGCCCUCCAGACCAGAUACAGCCCUCUUUCUUCAGGCUGGAAUUUUAUCGGCUCUUACAAGUUGAAAUCUCCUUUCACCUCAAAGGUAUCGACCUGCAGGCCAUUCACUCCCGAGAGCUGCCCGACUGUUACGUCUUUCGGAACACGAUUACCUUCGACAAUAGAGCUCACAGUGGCAAAAUCAAAAUCUACCUUGACAGUGACGCCAACCUUGAGGAAUGUAAAGACUUGAACAUAUCCGGAUCCACUCAGAAAAAUACUCAGUACGUCCUGGUGUUUGAUGCUUUUGUCAUUGUGAUUUGUCUGGCAUCUCUUAUUCUGUGCACACGGUCCAUUGUUCUUGCUCUAAGGUUACGAAAGAGAUUUCUAGAUUUCUUCCUGGAGAAGUACAAACGACAUGUGUGUGACGCUGACCAGUGGGAGUUCAUCAGUGGAUGGUAUGUCCUGGUGAUUAUCAGCGACCUCAUGACAAUAAUUGGAUCCAUAUUAAAAAUGGAAAUUAAAGCAAAGAAUCUCACAAAUUAUGAUCUGUGCAGCAUUUUGCUUGGGACAUCUACACUCUUUGUUUGGGUUGGAGUCAUCAGAUACCUGGGUUAUUUCCAAACAUAUAAUGUGCUGAUUUUAACAAUGCAAGCCUCACUGCCCAAAGUUCUCCGGUUCUGUGCUUGUGCUGGCAUGAUUUACCUGGGUUACACUUUCUGUGGCUGGAUUGUCUUAGGACCGUAUCACGAGAAGUUUGAAAGCCUGGACAUAGUUGCUGAGUGCCUGUUUUCUCUGGUCAACGGGGAUGACAUGUUUGCAACCUUUGCUCAAAUCCAGCAGAAGAGCAUCUUAGUGUGGCUGUUCAGCCGUCUCUACUUAUAUUCCUUCAUCAGCCUCUUUAUAUACAUGAUUCUCAGCCUUUUCAUUGCUCUUAUCACAGAUUCCUAUGACACUAUUAAGAAAUACCAGCGGAAUGGGUUUCCUGAAACGGAUCUGCAGGAAUUCCUUAAGGAAUGUAGUAGUAAGGAGGAGUAUCAGAGAGAGCCCUCCACCUUCCUGUCCCGCGCCUGCUGUCUGUUGAGGAAAGGAAGUGAUGACCACUUGAUACUUAUUAACUGAAGUCCUU